AUGACUCCGUCACAGUACUGUCCCAACCUCACCACUUCUCCAACAAUCCUUUCCUAUUUACCAUUUUGCCACUACACUCCAUUCCUUCCUCUUCCUUGCCAUUUCGCAUCUACUUUCCUCUCAACCAAACGCCCAUCGAAUUUCGUUUCAGUUUCCCGAGAAAAACCCAGAAUUUCUCCUCCAUCUUCAAUGGCGACUCCGACUCAGAGCAGCGAAACCAAACCCUUCUCUGUUCUAUUUGUCUGUCUAGGAAACAUCUGUCGAAGCCCUGCAGCUGAAGGUGUCUUCAGGGAUAUUGUGAAGAAGAGAGGGCUCGAUUCCAAAUUCAACAUCGAUUCCGCCGGAACCAUCGAUUAUCACGAGGGGAAUAUGGCAGAUCCAAGAAUGAGAAGUGCUGCGAAACGUCGUGGAGUUGAGAUAACAUCAUUAUCAAGACCUAUAAAGGCUUCUGAUUUCACUGAAUUUGAUCUCAUUCUUGCAAUGGACGACCAGAACAAAGAGGACAUAUUGAAAGCUUUUAAUGUAUGGAAAGGCAGAGGGAAUCUCCCACCAGAUGCGGAUAAAAAGGUUAAGCUAAUGUGUUCAUAUUGCAAGAAACACAGUGACAAGUUUGUUCCUGACCCGUAUUAUGGUGGAGCUCAAGGUUUUGAGAAGGUACUGGACUUGCUUGAAGAUGCAUGCGAGUCUUUGCUGGACAGUAUCACACCAGAAAAUUGA